AUGCCUGACGAGCUGCGGCGCGAAUGGUUAAGGACAACUUCUGUAUACCAGCAACGGCAACAACUAUGCAAUAGACGCUCGUUGAGCUUCUCCACGCUUACCCACUCAUCUCCCACUAUGGCGCAGGUCAUCUCGAAUUCUGGCCACGAUGAUAUGAUUCACGAUGCUGUUCUCGACUACUAUGGCAGACGACUGGCGACUUGCUCAGCGGACAAGACCAUCAAGAUCUUCGAAAUAGACGGAGAUAAACAUCACCUCCAAGAGACAUUGAAAGGACAUGAGGGCUCCGUUUGGUGUGUAGCAUGGGCACACCCAAAAUUUGGAACCUUGUUAGCAUCCUCAUCCUUUGAUGGCCGAGUACACAUUUGGCGCGAAUCACCAGCACAAUCUCCACAACAACCCGCGCAAUGGUCCCUGGUCUUCACAUCUACUCUCCAUACGGCAUCGGUCAACAUGGUUUCAUGGUCACCCCCUGAUCUAGGCUGCCUCUUAGCAUGUGCUUCGUCUGAUGGUCAGGUCAGUGUACUGGAAUUCAGAGACAAUCACUGGGGCAACCUGAUGUUUCAAGCACAUGGGCUGGGUGUGAAUGCUGUGAGCUGGGCACCAAGUGGAAUGCCAGGAGCAAUCGCACGAAGAGAUGCCGGUGGUGCAGGAACAGGCGCAAGACGAUUCGUCACGGGUGGUUCUGACAACCAGGUCAAGGUUUGGGAGUUUCAACAACAGUCAGGCAGCUACACAGAUACAGUCACACUACCGAAUGGACACGCAGACUGGGUGAGAGAUGUUGCAUGGAGUCCUACUCUUUUAUCGAAAUCGUACAUUGCUUCUGCCAGCCAGGACAAGACUGUGAGGAUAUGGACUAGCACGAACCCUGGAGACCCUGCUUCGUGGCAACUAAGUAAGACCCUAGAGUUCGAAACCGUUCUUUGGAGAGUGAGCUGGUCGCUCUCAGGCAACAUCCUGGCGGUGUCGGGUGGAAACAACAAAGUUAGCUUGUGGAAGGAGAACCUGAGAGGAGAAUGGGAAAUGGUGAGAGAGGUUACAGAGUGA